AUGUUUGUCCGUAACAGAAAUAAGGGCCAAGACCCGACGGUCACGUAUAAUGCGACAUGGAACCAACAUGUCGCCUGCCUAAAGGAGAAGCAACAACUCCGAGCCAAUCUCAAUACGACGGCGGUGAACCUGAACGCAAAUAACAAAGUUAUUGAGAAAUACGAGGAGAGAAUUGUGCACGGUCAGGUGACGAUACUGAAUAUUCUGAAUGAGCAGAAUGCGUUGACUGAGGAGAAGAAGGAAUUGAAGGAGCACACGGAGCAACUAAGGAUCAAGUUGACGGCUAGUGAGAAGGAGAGCUCCAGACUCAACAAUCAGCUGGAAAACGAACGAAAGAGUUGGAGAGUGGAGAAAACGAAUCUACUCAAACAAAUUUUUCAUCUGGAACGCGCUGUUGACAAAAAACGUUCUGAGAAGUUUCGGGAGCUCCAAGAGCAGCAUGCUAAGGAGAUGGAAAGCAAGAAUGCGGAGAUCUGGGAGCUAGAGAAGGAGCUCAAUCUGAAGGCCGAUCUAGCUGCUGCCAAGCAAGAUAGGCUCACAGAGCUCCAGGAGCAGCAGAUUAGAGUCAAGGAUUCAGAGAUCCAAGAGCUAGGGAACGAACUCUAUAUGAAAGAUCAGAAAAUCCAAGAGCUGAAGGCUGACCUAGCUGCUGUCAAGCAACAAUUCGCCGAUAGGCUCACAGAGCUUCAGGAGCAGCAUGCUAAGGAGGUGGAAAGCAAGAAUGCGGAGAUCCAAAAGCUAAGGAAGGAGCUCACAGAGCAACAUAGUAAAGAGCUCCAGGACCAGGAAACCCAAGGGCUGCAAGCCGAUCUAGCUGCUGCCAAGCAAGAUAGGCUCACAGAGCUCCAGGAGCAGCAGAUUAGAGUCAAGGAUUCAGAGAUCCAAGAGCUAAGGAAGGACCUCACAGAGCAACAUGCGACGGAACUCAAUCUGAAGGAUCGGAAAAUCCAAGAUCUGAAGACCGACCUAUUUGCUGCUAGGCUCACAGAGCUCAAGGAGCAUCAGGAGCUCUACUCAAAGUAUCUGGAAAUCCAAAUAUUGGAGCAAAGCGGAGACCGUCAAGCACCAGAAGACAGAAUUCAAAAGCUCCAGGAGCCCGCCGAUGAGCCAACUCAGCUCCAUAUCGAGCUCGGUAAGCUCUAUGUGGAGUUACAGGAAGCAAAGAAGCCACAGGACGCACUGAUGGCUCAGUUGACUCGAAAGGACAAGGAAAUCGAGUAUUUGACGAAGAAGCUAGCCGCUAUGAAUUCAGAAGUCCAAAGAUCGACUGAGAUGAAUCAAGAUGAGAAGAAUCAGAAUUCAGAAGAUAAAUUUUAA